UUUAAUGAAAAAAAAGAGUCUUGAAACCCUAAACCCUUUUUCACUUCGCAGUCGCCGAAAAAGCCCUCCUCGCUGUUCUUCUCCUCAAUCGCUCAUUCUUGCGAUCUUUCCUUGAAUCAUCGCCAUAUUCGAUUAUGGGAUCAAUACGUGAGAGGAGAGUUAUGGAUAAUGCUAUCGAUGAUUCUGGCAGGGGGCAGAGGAAUCGGCGGAUUAACCAAACUCGACAUGAAGGAGCUGCUAAUGACAUUCCUGAAUAUGCCCCAGAAACAGAAGGUGAUCAAAAUGCCCAGCCUAGUCAAGGAAACCAAACUGGGGUGCUCCAAUUAGUGGAAGCAUUCACUCGAGUGCUGACAGAUAUAACGAAGAAGGGAAAACUGCAUAAUGGUAUUUUGGAAUUUAAGAAGUUAGACCCACCAGCUUUUAAAGGGUCUGCCGAUCCACUGGAUGCUGAUGAGUGGCUAGAGGAAAUAGAGAAAAUAUUUAGUGUUACAAAUUUUGAUAAUGAUCAAAAGGUAUUAUAUGCCACCUUUAUGCUGCAAGGGGCUGCAUAUGAUUGGUGGAAGAUGGAGAAGCAUACGCAUGAGCUCAAUCCUGAACCAUAUACUUGGGAGAAGUUCAAGACAACAUUUUAUAAUAGGUACUUCCCUAGAUAUCUUCGCCGCCAGAAAGAGAAGGAAUUCAUUAAUCUCCAACAGGAAGAAAUGUCAGUGUAUGAAUAUGAAAACGAGUUUUACAGACUUGUCAAGUAUUCCCUUGAAAUUUUUUCCACUGAGGAGACACGAGUCCAAUGGUUUCAACAGGGGCUUAAACCUGAAAUCCAACUAGGAUUGGCACCUUUUGAGUUUGAAACUGUUUCUGAAGUGGCAAGCAAAGCCAAGCUAGUGGAAUGGAGACUUAAUGAAGUUCAGAAGGAAACUGAACGCCACCAAAAGAAGAGAUUCAGGUCAACUAACUUACAAGUUGGUGAGGAUGGACCACCUAAGAAAUUGGAUACUCAAGGCAGAGAUGGCAAAUCCACACUGGAUGAUGGUGGUCAAUGUUGUAGAUGUGGUGGUUUUCAUGAUGAAACUAAUUGUCACUUGAAUUCUAGAGCAUGUUUUGGAUGUGGUCAGAAGGGCCAUUUAGUUGCAGAUUGUCCACACAAGAGCUAGAAAUCUAUAAGCCAACUGAUUU